AUCAAAUUCUAAGCCCAGCCCAUCUUAAGCAUAGAGCCAUACAACCGAAACAUUUUCCCAUUCCUCUUGAAUAAAAAUUACUGAUAAAAAAAAAAAAAAAAACUAUGAAGUUCACAGACUCGCCGGUGAUCGAACUUCCCGUCGGCGACGGCGACACCGUUCUCUCUCUCCACCAAAACAAUGGCUCCAUGCACGUCGGAACCUCCGUAUGGCCAUGCUCUCUCGUCCUCGUCAAAUUCGUAGACCGAUGGAUCCAUACCCCACCCGAAACCAACCCUUACAUCACCCUCCUAAACUUCCAAUCCAAACGCGCCAUCGAACUCGGUUGCGGUUGCGGCGUCGCCGGUAUGGGCCUCUACUUACUCGGCCUCACCGACAUAAUCCUCACCGAUAUAGCUCCUGUUAUGCCAGCACUGAAGAAGAAUCUCAAAGUGAACAAAUCAAUACUCAAGAAGAAUCUGAAAUACUCAAUUCUGUAUUGGAAUAAUAGUGUUCAGAUUAAUUCUAUGAAUCCUCCGUUUGAUUUUGUUAUUGCUGCUGAUGUUGUUUAUAUUGAAGAAUCUGUUCCUGAAUUUGUUUCUGCUAUGGUAGCUUUGCUGGCUGAAGAUGGUGUUGUUUUGUUAGGUUAUCAGAUUAGGUCACCUGAGGCACAUAAGCUUUUUUGGGAAAUGUGCGGCGAAGUUUUUGAAAUUGAGAAAAUUCCUCAUGAUCAUCUUCAUCAUGAGUAUGCUUAUGAGGAAGCUGAUGUUUAUCUGUUGAGGAAGAAAAAGAAACAGUGAUUGGGUCUUGAGAAACUUACUGCGGAGACAGAUUCUUGCUGACAGGUGUGACAGAAUGGUAGUCGUCCCGGUGUUCAUGUUGACCCUCAGAAUGAUUGCCAACAAGAGAUCCUUGGUAACAAGAGACACAAUUAGAUGUAUGUGGAAAAUUAUUUUAUAUAGUUGGUGUAUGAUUAUUGAAGGUUUAUACAAUUUGAUAGCAAAUAAUAGGUAGAUAUAAUUUCUUGAGUGUGAAGGUUUAUGUCUUUGCCUAAGUUCUUUCAGUGGCUUAAAGUUCUGAUUGACUUGAUUGCAAUUCACGUAAAUUAUAUCAUUGUAUUGGUACAAUAUUCGACUCUUUUAGUACAAACUACCUAAACA